AUGGCUUCCUCUCCAGAAAAGCAAGAAGGGCCACUAGACUGGGCCGUCGAUCCAGCUAAUGCCCAAAAUUGGAGUUUGGCUAAGAAGUUAUACAACACAUCCGUUCCGUCCCUCCUUUGUCUGCUUAUAUCCUUUGGCUUGGCCAUCUAUUCGCCGUCCCACGCUCACGUCCAGGAGGACUUUCACAUCAGCAACACCCUGUCGCUCCUCCCAUUCACCUUAUAUGUGUAUGGCCUAGCUUUUGGCCCUAUGAUCGCUGCACCUUUGAGUGAGACCUUUGGGCGCCGCUUCGUCUACAUCAUCAUGACUCCACUAGCCUUGUUAUUCAUCCUCGGUGCUGGCUUUGCUCACAACUUCGCUACCCUUGCCAUAUGCCGUUUGUUGGGUGGCAUUCUGUGCUCUGCACCUCUCGCCGUGGGUGCUGGGACCAUCAUGGAUACCUGGACAGGCCAAAACACCAACCGCGGAGUAGUUGUGCUGAUGGGGAUUGCUUUUCUGGGCCCCGCUCUGGGAUCCCUGGUAGGUGGUUGGAUCGCCGAGUACAAGGAUUUCAGGUGGUCUCAAUGGACAACUUUGUUCCUUGGAGCGGCCCUAUGGGUCUAUUCGAUGGGUGCACAGGAAACAUACGCGAUCCCUAUCCGCCGCCGCCUAGCCAAGAAGAUGGGCCUGCCUGCUCCUCCAAAGCCGAUCCCCGAUGGCCUCGCAGGAGUCAAAAUGCUCAUGACAGUCACUCUGGCACGACCUCUCUACAUGCUAAUCACCGAGCCGAUCGUCACCCUCUGCUCCCUCUACUCCUCCCUGAACUUCUCCGUGCUCUUUUGCUUCCUGGCUUCCGUGCCGCUGAUAUACAGCACUAAUUAUGGCUUCUCACCUGGACAGUCAGGACUGGCCUUCAUUGGAAUCGCUGUGGGUUGCAUCGUCGGUGCUGCGGCGUUGAUGAUCCUCGACGGAUACACGUUGUCCAAGCAUCGCGCGCGUCAGCCAGGCGAGCCAGCACCCCCAGAACGAAUGCUGGUGGCCGCGAUGGUGGGGAGUCCUCUGAUGCCCACGGCAUUAUUCUGGUUUGCCUGGACCUCGCAGCCGGGAGUUCAUUGGAUGAGCAGUAUCAUCGCCAUGGCGCUCUUUGGUUGCUCGAACAUUAUGAUUUUUGUCUCCACGAUGUUAUAUCUUACCAAUGUGUAUGGAGCCAAGUCUGGGGCCUCAGCUCUGGCCGCGAACGGCUUGUUGCGAUACAGUGUGGGCGGCUCAUUCCCCUUGUUUACUAUUCCAAUGUACAACAAUCUUGGGUUCACGUGGGCAUCCAGCCUACUCGGCUUCCUCGCUAUCGCCUUUGCUCCUCUGCCUUGGAUCUUCUAUCGCUUCGGAAAAAGGAUCCGUCAAUCGAGCGCCUAUACAGCGUGA